UCUUGUAAGGUAUGUAUUUAUUUUUUUAAUAACAAAAUUCAGAAAAGUGUAAGUUUUCAUUACAGUUGGGUUAAUGUUUCAUAAAGAAAAUUGUUACAAUAUCUGAAAAUAACGAACAAAUAACGUACUCGACCCAAAACAUGAAGUUCCUGUAGAGUUUGAGAACAUAUUAAUCCAUAGAAUUAUUUAGAAGAGACGAUUUAACGAAAUCCGUUAUGAUUGUCGAUGCUUAUUCAUUAACGAUCACUUUCUUGACUGUUCUCAUUCCUCUUGUUGCAUGGCUAAUAAAAAUAUGUGUGACAAAAAUAAUUUUAAAAUUUUAUCGUAAUAAACAUAUCGAACAAGACGUGAUUUUAAUAACAGGAUGUUGUUUUUCUGGUAAAACAUCCUUGUUUUAUAAGUUGCAAGACGAAAAUUUUUCAUCUUUAUUAACAGUGUCUUCUUGUAAAUUGAAUGUUUUUACUUUUACAAAAUGCUCCUUAUCGGAAAAGUCCCCACUUUGUCACAUUGAAUGGAAGCCUUAUCAAAAAAAAUGGAAUUUAGUUGAUUUUCCUGGCCAUACGCGAUUUCAUUAUGAAUUACCUCAAUGGUUUUCAAAAGCCUGUUGUAUUAUUUUCAUGAUAGAUGCGUCCAAUAAAACAGCAAUUAAAACAUCUGCGACGCAGCUUUACAACAUUUUCUUUUCUAGAACACUUUUGAAAAAUAAAACGCCUGUCAUUAUUGUCUGUAACAAAACGGAUUUACUAACAACAAAAACUAAGAAGGAAGUUUCAAGUGACUUAUUUCGUGAAAUAGAAAAAAUUCGUGUAGCACAAGAAUGUGCGUUUCAAGAGAAUAACGACUCAUUUACAAAAAUAGACACUCCAGCUCAUCCUAUUUUAUCUGUUGACGACGUUGACCUUCCAGUACAUUUUUGUUCUUCUUCUGUUGAUACUAAUCGCCUAAGUCAUAUUCUUGAAGCAAUACAGACUGUCAUUUUCGGUUCCUUAAAAAGUGACAUAAACAAGAGCGCAUAAUGAAUUCUCCUCUCUUGAUUAACUGCAUUUCAUAAAAAAGUUUACCAGACAAUCUUUUAAUGUCACUUUUUACAUUGUUUUGAUAAAAAAAAGCGUUACUCCCGACUGUUUUUUCCAUUUGACUCUCAUUUUACUCUUUAUUUAAAAGGUGCACAACAAUUUUAUAACCAACCAUUAUAGAAAUUAUUGAGCUUAGCUUACAAAAAUAAGUAAUUCUAGUCACUAUAGCUUUGAAAUUUUUGUUAAUAGUGCCGAUUUUCAAAAAUUACAAAGUCUUUUCGUUAAUUUAGAAACAAGUAAACAAGCUGUUUUUAGAUGGUAUACACUUUCUUUUCAUAAUCAUCCUUUGUAUUUUUAAAUUCUAAAAACCGACUUGUAAAAGUUAAGAGUUGACAGUGAUAAAAAAAAUUUUUUUUUUAAUGCAAAUUUUGAGUUUCUCGAGAAUGCAUUAAGCUAUGAUAUUUGUUAACUGUCUAGAAAAAAGCAAUAAAAAUUUUUGUUGCCUUUAGCGUUUAUUUUUAUUUAUGUGACAAAUGAAAAACUCGUUUUGUACUACUAUUGUGUUUAAAAGGUGUCUUUUUAAAACCGUUUUUCAACAUGUUGAUAUGAAUUUAUGUAUGACGUUAGAAUUUGUUUUGCUAAAUAUAAAAAUCAUGCGAAUGCAUUCGUUUCCUUUUAUUUAAACUUUCACACCACUGCUUUUCAAUUUCUAAUAAAAUCAGUUGGACAUUCGUUUAAUUUACUGUCUUUUUAAAUUGAAGCUGAAAAACUUUUGAUUAAUAUCCCUUUUUACAGCAUUUAAUAAAAAAAAAGAUACCAUUCAUAUACCAAGUAUGAAAACCUUAGUCAUUUUAAAUUUUCAAAUAAAAGUGUCAUUAAUACAAAUAACGUGAUAUAUUCUCUUGGAACGCAAAAUUAACGCUAUUUAUUGAUUCAGUUGUCGUAGGAGAAGCACGUCCACUCAACAAUAGCACCUCUUGAGAGUAUGAAGCCAAAGGUUUCCAAGAAAAUUUUUAUCAUGUGAAGGUACAUGCCGACCGUCCAAAAAUUUUUAGAAAUGAAUGCACUGCGAUAAAAAAAAACGGUAUGACAAGCUGAAAACAUGUCGUUUAUUUUAAAAAAGUGUUUCUAACCCGUUUU